AGCAGUGUUUGGUCAGGACGGGGGUCAAACCUGAAUCCUGCCUGCAGACCAGAGCGAGUUUGAAAUGGACACAGACAAACCUCACGAACAGUUCUCUGAAAAUUACUCUGAGGUCACGGUUAGCUCAAGUGCAGAUGUUCAGAAUCGUUCAAGAAAAGAUUCUGGGACAUCUGAGAGCGUCCGGGGCAGCCGAGGACGAGUGAGACCGUACCCUUCAUCAUCUCGCAGGAGACACCGAACUACCUUCAGCAAUGAGCAGCUGGAACAGCUGGAGUUAGCUUUCAGACAGAACCACUAUCCUGAUAUCUACUACAGAGAGGAGCUCGCCAGAGCCACCAAACUCAAUGAGGCUCGUAUACAGGUAUGGUUUCAGAACCGGCGUGCCAAGCAGCGGAAGCAGGAUCGUAUCUCUCACAAAGUGCUGCCGGUGGGCACGGUGCCAGGACGAGGGCCUCUCUUCAGCAGCAUGUGUGUAUCUUCCUCCUCCAUGGGCCGGCAGUACCAGUGUCCUCAUUCACUGACACACAUCCCCCGAUUCUCCUCAGUGCUGCCCCCUGGAGGAUACCCACCCCACCCGUCCUCCGGCCCUGCUCCAUCUCAAGCCUCCAGACAGCCUGAUGACUGGUACAAUCAACUGCGCAGCAUCGGACCAGCCUCCACGUCAGUGCUCUCAGUGUCGCCACUGGAAACCACUAGUCACUGGAACUAGAGGAAGUGAUGUAAACACGUGUAUUUUCCAUUUUAUACAAGAAGGUACAGUUGAAAGGAUAAAGUUUUUCAAUGACAAAGAAAGAUUGGCGUUUUCUGUCUUUAUUAGUUUGCAAUCACACAGAACAUAUUCUCUCAAUUAUUGCUAUAUUUACUUAGACAAAAAAUAAUUACAUUAAUGCUGAUUUCCUUUGUCAACACUGCACUGACAAUUAAACUAGGUUCAGUUCACACUGUACAUACUGUAGACUUUAAAUAAGGACUAUUAUGAACUAAUAUUCAAUUCUCAGAUCUCAGAAUGAAAUGCGCAGUACACCCUUUGAACAUUUGAAUUAAAUUUCCUUCUAGUCAUAAAUAAAAAUUUACAGAUUUGGUAGAAAUAAAUGAAAC